UGUUGCUAAGAAAGGUCUCCCGGAAGUGGCCGUGUCCUUGUAUUUUCCGGACCAUAUUUUCCUGGCUUGUUUGCAACAGCUUUUCUGCUGCCUGAGGAGCAGUUGGUUUGGUGACUUGUCAACAGAAACAUGGCUGCCUCUGCGUCCGGGAAAGCAUACCGAAACGAUAACGCUUCCACGGGCAGUCAAAAAUGCACCGAAGAGCCCCCUGCACUGACGCGGGAGAUUAUCAAACCGUCUAUCAUGGAGCUCACCAAAGAAGUGCGGACCAAUAUCCUAUGCACCGUAGAAGGAUGUGGCAAGAUUCUACCGAACACGCCAGCCCUGAACAUGCAUCUCGUGAAGUCCCACAGAGUAAAGGACGGUCUUGUCAACCCCACCAUCAGGAAGGACAUGAAGGGCUCCCAGAAGCUCUACUGUUGUCCCAUAGAGGGCUGUCCACGAGGCCCCAACAGACCCUUCUCCCAGUUUUCCCUGGUUAAACAGCACUUUAUGAAAAUGCAUGCAGAGAAGAAGCACAAGUGUUCCAAGUGCAACAACGGCUACAGCACAGAAUGGGACCUGAGGCGCCACAUAGAGGACUGUGGGAGGACCUACCGCUGCACGUGUGGCUGCCCCUACGCCAGCAGAGCAGCGCUACUGUCACAUAUCUACAGGACCGGCCACGAGGUCCCCACAGAACACAGGUAUCCACCAGUGAAAAAGCGGAAGAUGGAGAGACAGAUAAGUGGAGCAGAAAAAGUCAAGCCCAGUGAAUUCAUGUGUCAGAUCAUAAAAACAGACAGAGAACUCUCAGAGGACUCCCUCCCUUCAGACAGGGUCUGCCACAACAACCCCCCUAAACACCUCCAGAAACUCCUCCUACCCAAGCCCGAUGUGGCUCUGGUGAAUUUCCCUGUCAUGCAGCUGGCCCAUCUCCCCGUCCUCCUCCCCUCCACAGAGAGCGGGGUUCUGAGGUCUGUGGUGCUGGCUGUGGACAGCCAGGGCUCCUUCAGCACACUCCACCUCAUGCCCCAGUCCAUGGGGGCCAUGGUGCCUCACCUGGACCCUAAGACCCUGUGCUUCAGGGGCAGCAUGCCUGCCUCCCGCUCCAGUCUGGGGCCUGUCAGCAUGGGGGUGCAGGUAAGUCUGGAGUCAGUGGGCUCUGGCAAUGACUCAGGAGGAACCAAGGGGAGCAAUACCUCCACCAACAUCCAGACAGACAUCUCAUACUUGUCCAGAAUGCCUAUGGGGGUCGGGGUGGGGACGGAGAUGUGCCCCUUUGGUGAGUCGUCGGUCUCAUCGUGUUCUCAGACAGAUAUUAGUGUGAGUGCUCAGGUCCUGCUGCCGGUCAGUGUAGAGACCCAGACGUUCCCCUCUAAGGCCAAAGCCACCACCACCAUCGGGGCGCAGACAGAUACCCUCAGCCAGCUGCCCUGCCCCUAUUCCUCACCAUCCCAGUCCCCCUACAUUACCAAGCAGACCCAGACCAGACUCAUCCUGGCUGGGUCAGAAGAGAGGGCUCAGAUGGACCAGGCCAUUAUGUGCUCAGACCUCUUCGACAGUUACUCCCUCAGUGUCUCAACACAGACGGCACUGACAGACGGAAGCUUCAGAACCCACGGUGUAGACGACCCCCUUUCCGGUAACAGUCUCUAUGACCACGACAAGUCAGCAGGAGGCAUGUGCUUUGGCGUGCAGACAGACGAUCUCCAGUCGGGCAGCGUGGCGGACAACCAAACCCAGACCACCUUGGCACUGUUCAACGACUUGGAGAAUAUCUUGUCAGGUCACUCUCUGUCCGGUCACCAGACGCAGAUGGAUCAUUCAACAGGCUGUGGGUCAGGUCUGGGCUCUGUUCAGGAACAGCACACGGGCAUCGAUUUUGACUUUGAGGAAUUCCUGAACGCGGCCCACAUCCAGACCCAGACGGAGGAGAGCGAGCUGAGCGGUCUGGGGGCCGACACGCCCCUGGAGGUCCUGGAUAUCCAAACCCAGACAGACUUCCUCCUCCUGGAGGGCCUGGGAAACAGUGAGGGGCCAGGCCGGAACCAGGCCAGCGACCUGGAACUGGAGAUGUUUGACACCCAGACCCAGACGGACCUCAACUUCCUUCUGAAAGCCGGAGUCCACAUGCCCCUGGGCAACAUUCUGCGCCAGUCCAGCUUCUCCAUGAGCACAGAGUCCUCUGACACUGAGACGCAGACCGACCUCCACCGACCGCUUACACCAACACCAAACUCCAACACCCUUCCCUCCGUGUCCCAGGGUGACCAGGCCAGGCUCUUGAGCAGCACGGAGACUCAGACGGUGACCGACGCAUCUUCUGAGGGCCUCGGAAACCUCUUCCUGACCAGCAACGAGACCCAGACAGUCAUGGACGACUUCCUGUCAGCUGACAUGGCCUGGAACAUGGAGUCCCACUUCAGCUCGGUGGAGACGCAGACGUGUGAGGAGCUGUUUGCUCUCUUUCAGCACUCUGAGAAACCCAACAGCUGAAUUACCACCCCCCACACACACCUCCUCAGUCCACGCAAUGGGGUUCUGGUUUCUGUCCAGGAGGUCCUGGGAUCCUACUCAUCAUCCUCUACAGUCUUUGUCCCUCUACUACUGGAGGUUUAGGUGUAGAAGUGAGCCUUCUUGAAGUCUUAGGACAUUCUACAGAGGGGUAGCAUGUCUAGGAUAACAUGUCCAGACGUCUCCCUCAUGCUAGCUCGAAAGCACUUUAUUAUAGUUCAUGGAUAUGAUUUCCCAUCCUUGUUUACAUGUUUAUUUGCGUGUCUUACUACUUAAAUAUAUAUAUUUUGUCUGAAAAGCCAGUUUAGUCUGUUUACAAUGUUUUAAAUUUUGAGCACUAAUGUUUGCUGUAAAAGAGUAUGUAAUGCCUGUUGAGCCUUUCCUUAAUCAUUCUGCUAUUGAAUGGCUUCUGGCAGAUUUGAUGUGGCACAAAUAUACUCGUGAAACUCUAAAAUAGUUGCCGCACUACCAUUGUUGACAUGUGAUUGUGAAGUGCAGUCUUGUAGAAUUGCCCUAUUGUUACAGGGCCACCCACCUAUAAGCUGGGUCACCGCGUUAGCAGACUAGCCUGUCAUGGUCUUUGACUUAUUCAUUAGCUGGCUAGCAGCACAGUGUGCUGAAGUGAUACAACACUGUAGAGAAACACUAUGAGGAUCUAGCUACUCUCUAGUCACUGUGAUUACGUUGUGAUUGUGUAUGUCCACCAUAUACAGUGCCUUCAGAAAGUAUUCAUACCCCUUGACUUUUUCCACAUGUUGUUGUUACAAAGUGGGACUAGAGCAUUUAUGGAAAAUGUAAUUAAUAUUUCUGCAUUAAAUAAGUAUUCAAACCCCUGAGUAAAUACAUGUUAGAAUCACCUUUCAAUUACAACUCUUUCUGGGUCAGUCUUUUGAGAUUUCCAUACCUGGAUUGUGCAACAUUUGCCCAUUUAUUAUUUUCAGAAUUUUUCAAACUCUGUCAAAUUGGUUAUUGAUCAUUGCUAGACAACCUUUUUUAGGUCUUGCCAUAGCUUUUCAAGUAGAUUUAAGUCAAAACUGUAACUCGGAUAUUCGGGAACAUUCACUGUCUUCUUGGUAAGCAACUCCAGUGUAGAUUUGGCCUUGUGUUGUAGGUUAUUGUCCUGCUGAAAGGUGAAUUAAUCUCCCAGUAUCUGGUAGAAAGCAGACUGAAUUGGGUUUUCCUCUAGGAUUUUGCCUGUGCUUAGCUCCAUUACGCUUCUUUUUUAUCCUCAAACUCCCCAGUCCUUAAUGAUUACAAGCAUACCCAUGACAUGAUGCAGCCACCACUAUGCUUGAAAAUAUGUGGAGUGGUACCCCAAACAUAACACUUUGUAUUCAGAAUAAAAAGUGAAUUGCUUUGCCACAUGUUUUGUAUUGUGGAGUAACUACAAUGUUGUUGAGCCAUCCUCCAUUUUCUCCUAUCACAGCCAUUAAACUCUUAACUGUUUUAAAGUCAUUGGCCUCAUGUUGAAGUACCUGUGCAGUUUCCUUCCUCUCCUGCAACUGUGUUAGGAAUACACCAUUCAAAGUGUAAUUAAUAACCUCACCAUGCACAAAGGGAUAUUCAAUGUCUGCUUUCUUUAUUUGUACCCGUCUACCAAUAGGUGCCCUUUGCGAGGCAUUGGAAAACCUCCCUGGUCUUGGUGGUUGAAUCUGUGUUUGAAAUUCACUGCUUGACUGAGGGAUCUUACAGAUAAGUAUGUGUGGAAGAUACAGAGAUGAGGUGGUCAUUUAAAAAACAAAUCAUGUUAUACACUUAUUGUACACAGUGUGAGUCCAUGCAACUUAUGUGACUUGUUAAGCACAGUUUUACUCAAUGUAUUUAGGCUUGCCAUAACAAAGGGGUUGAAUACUUACUGACACAAGACAUUUCAGCUUUUCAUUUCAUAUGUUAAUUUGUACAAAUUUCCUAAAACAUAAUUCCACUUUGACAUUAUGGGGUAUUGUGAUAAGGCCAGUGACAAGUCUCAAUUUAAUCCAGUUUAAAUUCAGGCUGUAACACCAUUUUUUUUGGGGGGGGGGGGGGGGGGCAAUGAGUGUGAAUACUUUCUGAAGGUACUGUAUAACAACCCCACUAAACGUUACUGAACAUAAACUGACAAUAUUACAAUUUCUAUCAAACUUUUCUUGAACUAUACUCUAAAGCCUACCUUAUUGGUCAAAGCUAGCUGUUGGUAUCAUUACAAUAUUUUACCUCAUUUGCACAUGCACCCCAUUCAAAUUUCAAGAAACCCAUUUGUUGAGACAUUUUUAUUGAAUGUGAACUUUACAAGAGCUCUUCAAGUUUUGAGUAUUUGUCCAUGAUGGAUUUUGUUAAGUUGGUGCCUUAAAGCAAGUGUUUUUCAUUGUAUUUUGUUGUGUUUCCAUUGGUCAGUGAUGCACUAAGCAGCUUUAAGAGGUAGGAAGAAGUUCAGGAUCAAAAUGUAUUUAACAUUUACAUGAUAUUUAUUUGUGGAGGGUGUCUUGGAAGAAUACUUCGAGAACUCAAGUGUCUUUUAAUUUGCAUAUUGAGUAUGUUUGUUUCCUGUACCUCUACUUUCAAAAACAUUUUGUUGCAAGAUAUGUUAGAAGUCCUGUUUUGUGUUACUGCAUUGCAUUCUUAGAACCUAGAUGUGUAUUUGUUUCCACGGCAGCAUUCGCCCUACUGUGGUACACUAUCAAUAUGUGGAGAAGUGGACCCAGAAACGGCAGAAUGUAGCCUACAUGACACUGUGCCCAAACUACACAACAUGGCUUAGUUUUUGCACUGCAUCUUAAAGUAAUCGAAACAGGACUGUUUCAUUCCAGUUUAUAACAGACUUUCAUACUCAACCACAUUUCAUAACAAUGUAUUGUGCUGUACUGAAAACACUACUUCUGUUUAAUUUAUCGUUCUUCAACUUGAUUAUAAUAGCGCUGAGGGGAGAAACUGCCUUGCUUUUUAAACAUGUACAGUAGACUACAUGGCAGGGUUGAAGUCAAUUUCAUUUUAAUUCCAGGCAAUUGAGAAAGUAAACCAAAUUCCAAUUCCCAAUUUUCCUCAUUUUGAAAGAAAAUUUAAAUGGAAUUGAUCCUAACCAUGCUACAUGGGGGUGUCGACUUCAGCGCUUUGGUUUUUCUCAGUAGGGAGUGCAUGCAGUCUUUGGUGCCAAUGUAAGUUAUUUCAGUUGUAUUUCUGUUUGCGGUCUUAUCUGUUGUAUUUCAGUUGCCUGAAUGUGUAGAGGGUCGAUAAAGGUUGCCUCUCGCUGUUUGUUUUGUUGGUGCUAUUCAGCAGAUGCUCAUAAUAAACUCUUCAUAAAGGGUUGAUUGUUUGAGUUGAUGUAGUAGCUGGUUGUUUGUACUAGCUUAGUUCCAGUACACUUCAAAUCAAAGGACAGUAAUGCAGUGCUGUAUAAAGCCAAGUCAAAUCAAUAUUGUACGCACUCAAUGUGCUAUUUUUCAGGUAAAUGUCAGGUAGUUUUCACCUGGGUUGUGUGGCAGUACAAG